CUGCGCCUGCGCGUUCAUCCCCGGUCUUUCCUCCGCUGCUCAGCAUGGCCGCUGAGUCCUCCGUAGAGGGUCGCUCGGCCUCGCCUUGAACAGUUGGGGCUCCUUCCGCUGCGGUCCCUUCCUGCCAGGAGGGCUUUUCCUUCGCAGGAGAAAGGUCAUUUCUGGAUUAAGCUCAGCAUCUGAGUCCUUUUCAUUUCCCUUUGCAGGGGAAUAGUGAAGAUGUGGCUGUGAACUCCAGAGAAGAGAAAGGGGCAUUUUGGAUCAGAACCCCCGAAAUUUUGGCCGGGACUCAAUCUUAGAAAAUUAGGAAAUCUUGGCCCCUUUGGAGGAGGAGCUUCCUGCACAAAGGGCCAAUCGGUUAAGGAGAAAUCAAACUGUUUGGCGGUGGGGAUCCUCCCUGGCCUUGACCCAGAGGGGUAACAAGUAACCCAGAGACAAUAUUAAAGGUCGUUUCUGGAUUAAGCUCAGCAUCUGAGUCCUUUUCAUUUCCCUUUGCAGGGGAAUAGUGAAGAUGUGGCUGUGAACUCCAGAGAAGAGAAAGGGGCAUUCUUGGAUCAGAACUCCUGAAAUUUUGGCCGGGACUCAAUCUUAGAAAAUUAGGAAAUCUUGUCCCCUUUGGAGGAGGAGCUUCCUGCACAAAGGGCCAAUCGGUUAAGGAGAAAUCAAACUGUUUCGCGGUGGGGAUCCUCCCUGGCCUUGACCCAGAGGGGUAACAAGUAACCCAGAGACAAUAUUAAAGCAGAUAAAAGAUUGUGACCAAAGAUUUACCUUGAAGACAACAGAGGGUAGAAAAUCAGCCCAAGGCAGCAACCAAGAGGAACCAUGGAGCCUUGGAAACUCUUUGACCCCUCACCAAACACAAGCAGCUCUCCACCAAAAGACAAAAAAUCCCAUGAAUGCUCUGAGUGUGGGAAAUCCUUUGCUCUGCAGUCUCUCCUUUUGACCCACAGGAAGGUCCAUGUGGAAAGUGGAUCCAGUGAAGGUUUGGAGGUUGAGAAAUCUUUCUCUGGGAAAAACUCCAAAGAUCUCAGAAUCCCCCCAAGACUAAACCCCUAUAAAUGUGAGAAAUGUGACUUAUGCUUUAGUCAAACGUCAAGCCUUCUUAGACAUCAGAGAAUCCACACUGGAGAGAAACUUUAUCAAUGUCUGGAAUGUGGGAAUUGUUUCCGUGAAAAAUCCACUCUCAGAGACCAUGAGAGAAUCCACACAGGGGAGAAACCUUACAAGUGUUGGGAAUGUGGGAAGAUCUUUUCUCAGAAGUCAAAUCUUUUGGCCCAUGAGAAGAUGCAUGCAGGAAUAAAGCCUUACAAAUGCUUUGAGUGUGGAAAAUGUUUCACCCAGAGUUCAGGUCUUCGGAGUCAUCAGAAAACACACAGAGGGGAUAAAAACGAAAAGUGUCUCGAAUGUGGGAAAAGUUUUACCUUGAAAUCAACUCUGGUGCAACAUCAGAGAAUUCACACUGGAGAGAGACCCUAUGAGUGCCCAGAAUGUGAGAAAAGAUUUUUAAAUUCUUCUCAACUUCGGAGUCACCAGAAGGAACACAGAAAUGAGAAACCCUAUGAAUGUAGGGACUGUGGGAAAAGUUUUCUUACACGAAGAGACCUUCAGAUUCAUCAGAGAAUCCACACAGGGGAGAAGCCGUACAAGUGUGAGGAGUGUGGGAAAUGCUUCUCCAGAAAAGACCACCUUGGAAGGCAUCAGAGGGUCCACACAGGAGAGAAGCCAUACAGAUGCGUAGAAUGUGGGAAAUGCUUUGCUCGUCAGGGAGUCCUUUGGACACAUCAUAAAACCCACACAGGGGAGAAGCCAUAUGAGUGCAACGAAUGUGGAAGAUUUUAUCGUACCUCAUCAGCCCUUCAAAGUCAUGUGAAAACUCACACAGGGGAAAAAAACUACAAAUGUUUGGACUGUGGGAAAGCAUUUGCUCAGUCAUCUCACUUUAGAAGUCACAGCCGAAUCCAUACGGGAGAGAAGCCCCAUAAAUGCUCAGAGUGCAAUAAAUGUUUUUCUCAGAAAAGUACUCUUGUAGUACAUCAACGAAUCCACUCUGGAGAAAAACCGUAUAAGUGUCUGGAGUGUGGAAAACGUUUUGCCGGAUCUUCAGCACUGCGCAAGCACUCCAGAAGUCAUACAGGUGAGAGCCCCCCAACACUAAAACCCUAUAAAUGUGUGGAAUGUGACUUAUGCUUUAGUAAAAAGUCACACCUUCUUAGACAUCAGAAAAUCCACACUGGAGAGAAACUUUAUCAAUGUGUGGAAUGUGGGAAUUGUUUCCGUGAUAAAGCCACUCUCAGAGGCCACGAGAGAAUCCACACGGGGGAGAAACCUUACAAGUGUUGGGAAUGUGGGAAGAGCUUUUCUCGGAAGUCAACUCUUUCGUCCCAUGAGAAGAUGCAUGCAGGAAUAAAGCCUUACAAAUGCUUUGAGUGUGGAAAAUGUUUCACCCAGAGUUCAGGUCUUCGGAAUCAUGUGAGAACACACACAGGGGAGAAAAACGAAAAGUGCCUCGAAUGUGGGAAAUGUUUUACCUUGAAAUCAACUCUGGUGCAACAUCAGAGAAUUCAUACUGGAGAGAAACCCUAUGAAUGCCCAGAAUGUGAGAAAAGAUUUGUAAAUUCUUCUCAACUUCGGAAUCACCAGAAGGGACACAGAAAUGAGAAACCCUAUGAAUGUGGGGACUGUGGGAAAAGUUUUCUUACACGAAGAGAACUUCAGAUUCAUCAGAGAAUCCACACAGGGGAGAAGCCGUACAAGUGUGGGGAGUGUGGGAAAUGCUUCUCCGCAAAAAACCACCUUGGAAGGCAUCAGAGGGUCCACACAGGAGAGAAGCCGUACAGAUGCAUAGAAUGUGGGAAAUCUUUUGCUCAUAGUGGAGCCCUUUGCAGACACCAUAAAACCCACACAGGGGAGAAGCCAUAUGAGUGCAACGAAUGUGGAAGAUUUUAUCGUACCUCAUCAGCCCUUAAAAGACAUGUGAAAGCUCACACAGGGGAAAAAAACUACAAAUGUUUGGACUGUGGGAAAGCAUUUGCUCAUUCAUCUCACUUUAGAAGUCACAGCCAAAUCCAUACAGGAGAAAAGCCCCAUAAAUGCUCAGAGUGCAAUAAAUGUUUUUCUCAGAAAAGUACCCUUGUAGUACAUCAACGAAUCCACUCUGGAGAAAAACCGUAUAAAUGUCUGGAGUGUGAAAAACGUUUUGCCCAACCUUCAGCACUGCGCAAGCACUCCAGAAGUCACACAGGAGAGUGGCCUUACAAGUGUGCAGAGUGUGAGAAACCAUUUCAUUGCAAAUCAAAGUUAAAAUUGCACCAGAAAGUCCAUAACAGAGAUACACCUGUUUAGUCGUGAACAACGUGGAAUUUCUUUUUUUAACAUCACAUGUUAUAAUUCACCAGGAACUGAGUUAUAUGUGUGUUGGCAGAGAACUGGAAGUCUUUUAUUUCUGACCAUAAAUGGGAAUUAAUUUCUGAUCAUAAGUUGCUACAAUCAUAACGUACCAGGAUAUCCUUGUUAUUUUUUACUAGCCCUUGUUAAUGAAUAGGGAGAACUGAAGAUUUACAGAGGAGAAAAAAGAAAAAUUACAAGAAAGGAAUGUGAGAAGACCCCUCCAUGCUCAGAGACCCCCACCCAAUUUUAAUUCUCAGAUGGAGGGUCAUCAUGUGAAUUCUGCCCCAGUGGCUGUUCCAGAUCAGUGUAAAUCCUUUAUGAUACCCGAGUGAAAAGUUCCUGGGAGUAAAAAUAAAUAUUUAUGGUAGUGGCGGCAUAACGAGGCUCCGCCCACCCACCCAGACAUCAUCAUGGACCUUCUGCGGAUGCGCUUCCGCUACCUAACAGGUAGUGAAGAGGAUACCAUUAUUGGGGCACUUCUCUGGGCCUA